AUGACUGAAAUAGAUGUACCACAGUUACAGCUGUUAUCGGCAAAUUUGAAACCCGAGGAGUGUGUAAAACUCGUAUUUUUGGAUUCCCACCCUCAAUUAUCAGAUGUACAAAUACGGUGGUUAACACGAGAACAAAGUUGUUUUCGAAGACUUGUGAAGUGGAUUUGUCACUUAAGAACAGUUACAAGAAAUACAUAUACAAUUGUAAACGACUUUCUUGAACGAAUUGGAAGAGGAGAUUUGAUUGCAUGUCUUGCUGAAUUCAACACGAAAAGUUCAAAACCACGGAAAGUGAUUCGCAACGUUCAGCCAGAUGAUGAAGAAGACUACGAAGAUAAUCAAGCAGUAACACCCAAACCGAAAGAACCAAAAGUAACCAAACCAAUUACUCCAUAUUCAAAUCAGACCAUCGAUAAAAUCAGUGGACAAACUGCAAUCAGAAUAUCGCUAAAAACUGCAGGAAUCAUUCUUCUAUCAACUAUAUCUCUAACUUGUUUCUGCACUCUGUUCAUAAGAAAUAGAUUAGCAAAUUUGUUUAAUAAAGUACGAAGAAAAAAAAAGAAAAGUAAAUUAAUGCCGUUCGAAACGGACAAUAUAGCAGAUGUAUCUAGAAGUUAUUAUGUAAGAAAACCACGUUUAAAAAGGAAAAGAGCACCUUCAUACGAAAUGGUACAUACAGCUACGCAAAAUGAGGUAGCUCCUGUGCCCAGAGAGCCGGAGGAAGCAGCACCAACAGGUUGCUACAAGUGUUACAAGAAGAAGAGAAAGAAAAGUGCGAAAAGAGCUUACAGAUGAACAGUGUAGUUUAAUGAAUAACAAUAUACAGAAUGCCGCACAACUAGCAUGACUCCCGGAAAUGAAUGGUAGUG